UUAAAUAUGAUUAUUUAUAAUUUUAUUUGUAAUAUUGACCAGCAUACCCCGGUACAAACCGGUAUGUGCCACCGGUCGAACCAUUCCACUUGCUAAACCGGCACACUAGCAUAAACCGGUUUGACAGCCUUUCACAAAGAGGAUUGUUAUUUGCCGCCCGAAAUAUUACUAUUUGCCGCCCACCGUUUUAAAGUAAAUGACGAUUUGCCACUUAUUUUUUAAAACCCUCCGAUGUAUCAACCACUGUCGGCUUCCCUCCCCUGCCGGAAAAUCGCCCUCACUAACCCCAACCCUUACACCUCUCUUUCCUCCAAGCCAAUACCCCUGCACCGCUUCCUCUCCUGUCCCUACCGUCACCAUCAGAUUCAAGAGAAGCGCCGACCAGAAAUCCAAUCUGACAACGAUUCACCGCCGACCACAAGCAAAACCCCAAAAUCCAUCCCACGCCUUCUCCCUGGCAUCGUCAUCGUCUUCCCCGACCGUCAACUCCCCAUCGUCCGACGGAGAUCAGCAUUCCAACGUCAGAGUUCGAACGGAGAAGCGUGGUCCGAUUAUCGGCGUCGGACCCCGUCCGAUCACCGGCGUCGGACCACGUUUGAAAGUAGAGAUGGUGAAGGAGAGGAGGGAGAGAGUGCAAUCGACGGGUAGCAAAGUUUCAGGGGGGUUAAUUUGAGAGAGAAGUAUAUUAAAUGGUAAUGGUUUAG